GUAUAUUUGUGGAAUCAGAUCACCAACUGUGUCACUAACACUUUGGAAUUGUAGCACACUGACUUUGCGGCGCUGCACAGACCGUAGACGCAAUGGAAUCGACAGAAGAAUUCAAGACGCUUAUCAAUGAAUGCAACAGAGUAAAGGAAACCGCGUACUGUCCUUACAGUAAGUUUCGAGUUGGAUGCGCAGUACUGACAGAAGAUGGAAAAGUCUACGCAGGAAGUAACAUUGAAAAUGCUAGUUACGGUUUAACAAUCUGUGCAGAGAGAGCAGCUCUCGCUAAGGCCAUCACUGAGGGACAUCGGAAAUUUAAAGCUAUGGCAUUAACAACAGAUCUAAACGAAUUCACAACCCCAUGUGGAGCAUGCAGGCAAUUUAUUGUGGAGUUUGGAAAGUACGAUCUGUACAUGGUAAAACCUGAUUUAAGCUACGAGAAAUACAAAUACGAUUUGUUACCAAUGGGGUUUGGACCAUCAGACCUUGCGGCGGAGAGGGUCGGACAGAUUCUCAUCGAUAGGUUGAGAUCAAAUUUUGGUUUAAAUGGUCUCAUCAUUAAAUGGUUUGAGUCGUAUUUGAGUAACCGCAUUCAAAAAGUGAAAAUUGGAAAUGUAUUUUCUGAUAUGACGUCUAUAUUAGAAACCGGUGUUCCACAGGGCUCCGUUUUAGGGCCAUUAUUGUUCUCAAUGUACAUGCGUCCAUUGGAAGAAUUCAAGACGCUUAUCAAGGAAUGCAACAGGAUAAAAGAGAAUUCAUACAGUCCUUACAGUAAGUUUCGGGUUGGAUGCGCAGUACUGACAGAAGAUGGCAAAGUCUACGCAGGCUGCAACAUUGAAAAUGCUAGCUACGGUCUUACUAUAUGUGCGGAACGAACUGCCCUUUCCAACGCAAUCACCGAUGGACACCGUAAAUUCAAAGCAAUAGCUGUCUCAAC